ACUGAGCCGAGACGACCGUCGACCAUCGAACACAGCUACUAUCUAUAAGUCUAUAACGUGCCAAUAUCGAUUAUCGACAUCGUUCUUUUAUGGCUGGUUGAGUUUGUUGCUGUUAAACAAUAAAAAACAUAAAUAAUGAAAAAUAAUUAUUAUACCAAUACAAAACAUUUAAAUUUUCUUAUUUAUUGUAUACUACAUGAAAAGGCAAUCUUUUUCAAUUUCUGUAAAUAAGACAUAAAUAAACAACAGUCUGACCACGAAAAAGAAUUGAAAUACUUUACUAAAUUAUUAAUAAUAUUUGAUUGUAUUUGAUAAUUGAAUCACGAAACUGUCUGUUAGCAAAAUACAAAUGGCUUCUUAUGAACAAAUGUCAAUUGUUCAAUCAAAGUUUACAUCUGGUGAAACAGUUGAAACCACGAUGAAUGUUUUUUUAUUAGAAGGAAGAAUAAAAGAACCAAGAUUAUUAACGCUUGUGAAGAAAAGUCAAGCACACGCGUUGGUUUUGUUAUUAACAUCAAUAAAUCCACCACAAUUUUCCAGCGAUUUGACAAUUGAACGUGUCUUACCAAUUGAUCAAGAUCUUAAAUGUGAUAUCGACCCUGGUGUACAAAUGGGAGAAGACCGUGAUUUGUACUUAAACAUUUCAACGAAAAAACAAAAAUUAGUUUUUGAAAUACAGUCUGAUACUGUAACGAGAUUAAAAGUUUCCGAAAUAUUUCGUGCUAUUGAAUCCUAUCAAAAAAACAAAAAUCCAUCAUCAAACUAUUUUUGGAUCCAGAAAUUAACUGGAAGCACGAGAAGUUUGGAGCCAGCUUAUGGUGACGGAAAUGACCAUGUUGAUCUAUUGGUGGAUUUAGAGUCACCAGAUUUAAUUGUACCAAGUCGAGGCAUAGCAACCGGAAAAAUACCAAUCGCAGCACGUGAAUCGGUAGUUCGUUAUCAAAUGAACUGUAAAAAAGAUGACUAUACUUUUACCGAGACGUUUAGAAUUUUCAUUGGUACUUGGAACGUGAAUGGUCAGCCACCAUCAAACGUCGUUCUUGAAGACUGGCUAAGCAACGACACUACCCCACCAGAUCUAUAUGCAAUUGGAUUUCAAGAAUUAGACUUAAGCAAAGAAGCAUUCUUAUUCAAUGACACACCCCGUGAAGAAGAGUGGCGUCAAGUUGUCAGUAAAUCUCUUCACAAAAAAGGAAACUAUAAGCAAAUUGCUCUUGUUCGUCUGGUCGGUAUGAUGCUUAUUAUUUACUCUCAAAACUCUCAUUCAUAUUUCAUAAAAAAUGUAACAGUUGACACUGUUGGAACCGGGAUAAUGGGUAAACUUGGCAAUAAGGGAGGCGUCGCUGUCAGCCUUUUGAUUCAUAACACUUCAAUUUGCUUUGUCAAUGCUCAUCUUGCCGCUCAUAAUGAAGAAUAUGAUCGACGAAAUCAAGACUACACAGAUAUUUGUUCAAGAUUAUCAUUUACAAAUGCAACAUCACAAAAAAAUUUAAAGGAUCACGAUCAAAUAUAUUGGCUUGGUGAUUUAAAUUAUCGGAUUAGUGAAAUGGAUGUUAUUGUUGCUAAACAAUACAUUACUUCUGAUAAUUACAAACCGGUACUUCAAAAUGAUCAACUUGGUCAACAAAAAUUGCUUGGUAAAAUAUUCCACGGUUUUCAUGAAGCUGAGAUAACAUUUAAGCCAACUUACAAAUAUGAUCCAGGCACCGACAAUUGGGAUUCAAGUGAAAAAAAUCGUUCACCAGCAUGGUGUGAUCGUGUGUUAUGGAAAGGCGAUAAUAUUACAUCAAUAGGAUAUAGAAGUCAUCCUGGAUUACGUAUAUCUGACCACAAGCCGGUCAGUGGUAUAUUCGAUUCGCAAAUUCGUGUUAUCGACAUGAUAAAAUACCGUAAAAUCCAUGAGGAAUUAAUGAAAAAACUAGACAAAUUGGAAAAUGAAUUUUUGCCCCAGGUCAUGGUUGAUACGAAUGAGAUAAUAUUUGAUGUUUUAAAAUUUCUCGAACGAAGUUACAAAGAACUCAUAAUCGCAAAUACUGGACAAGUGCCAGUACAGUUUGAAUUUAUAAAAAAAUUAGACAAUACUAAUUAUUGUAAAGACUGGUUGAGUAUCAAACCAUUUACUGGAUUCAUAAAACCUGGUGAAAAAUGUGAUGUUCAAUUGGAAGUAUUUGUUGAUAAAAAAUCAGCAUGUAAAUUAAAUUCUGGUGAGGAUACAGUGUAUGAUAUAUUGGUGUUGCAUCUUGAGGGAGGAAAGGAUAUAUUUAUAACUGUUACGGGUAAUUAUGAAAGAAGUUGUUUCGGCUCGUCGAUAGAAGCAUUGGUACAUAUACCAGUUCCGAUUAGGGAAAUACCGGUCGGAAGGAUCAUAGAGCUGGAAAAUAAUAAAAAUCCAUCAGAUGAACCGUAUUCCGUACCUAAGGAAAUAUGGUUGUUGGUUGAUAGAUUGUAUCGGCACGGUACAAAAACACCUGGACUCUUUGAAACACCUGGUUUACAUAGUGAGAUCACUGCCCUUCGAGAUUGGCUAGAUAUUGGAAGCCCGGAUCCCAUGCGUAUCCUUUUUAAUUUUUAUGGUAUAGCUGGUAGUGUUCAUUCGGUUGCUGAAUCAUUGCUUUUGCUUUUGGAAUCAACAGCUGAACCAUUAGUACCAUAUAAUUUGCACAGUGUUUGUUUUUCUGCUGCUGUUAAUUAUAUACAAUGUAAACAGUUAGUGAUGCAAUUGCCGGAAAUUCGAAGGACAGUUUUUCUCUAUAUUUCGUCAUUUUUGCAAGAGCUUUUGAAUCAUUCUCAAGACAAUGGUCUAGACGCAAAAACACUCGCAACAUUAUUUGGCUCAAUAUUUUUACGUGAUCCACCAAGAAGUCGGGAAGAUCGGAGUCAAAGAAACCGCACAACGCAAGCAGCAUUUGACAGAAAAAAAGCGGCUUUCGUUUAUCAUUUUUUAGUCAAUGAUCAAAGUGAUUUCCUUGGUCGGUAAAUAUAUAUAGAUAAAGUUUUUCAACAACCUCGUAUUUUACCACGGAAAUUAAUAUGCAAUAAUAGUUAUUAAUAUGCAGCAUUUUGACAAAAUCAGUAAAUAAAAAGUGCCAGGAUGACAAUACUAAUUAUCAAAUUUAUAUCUCUUAACAAAUUCAGUCAAUCAAUUUGACUUAAAAAAUGGUAAAAGCAAAAAUUCUUCAAUAUCAGUCGUUUAAGUAUUUACAUGUAUAUUAUUAAAAAACACGAAACUUCUCAAGAUAACCUUGUAUUUUUAUAGUCAUAUCUAAUAAACAAUUUGAAACACCUCGCAAAGAGAAAGUAAUAAUCUUGUGAAAUCAUUGUGCAAAAGUGAAAUAUAAGGUUGAUUCCGAGUCGCAUUCGCAUACAAGUAUUAUAUAGAGUCUUGAUGAGCACAUAUACUGUAACGUUAUAUUUUGUUUGAACGGAUACAACUAUAGUCGUAUACGUUUAAGUACUUUACAAGCGAUGUUUAUAUCGUACAAUAAUAGAAUGUAUGCUUAACUAUGUUCAUUUGUGUGUAUCGCUCUUAAAACGUUAAUUGUUUUAAAAAUGGCAAUUAUUUAUCACUAACUUUUUUUUUCAAAAAAA